AUGGCGCCACCACAGCUUCGAGACCCGUCUUUGCUCAAGUCUGGAGUAUGUUACGUGGAUGGAUCUUGGAUUACAGCUCAAUCUGGCAAUGUAUUUGAUGUUCACGAUCCUGCCAACGAUACAAAGAUCGCCCAAUGUCCAGACUUUGAUCAAGAAGAUACAACAAUUGCCAUUAACGCAGCCUACGCGGCGCUGCCAGAGUACAGUCGGCUUUCUGGUAGACAGCGAUCUAAACUUCUGCGCAAGUGGUACGAUCUCGUUAUUGCAAAUAGCCAUGAUCUUGGGGUACUUAUUACUUGGGAGAACGGAAAACCAAUUGCUGAAGGUAAUGGGGAAGUGCAGUUUGCUGCCUCUUUGAUCGAAUGGUUCAGCGAAGAAGCACCGAGGAUCUACGGCGAUUCCAUUCCCUCUUCAUGUGGAAAGAAGCAUAUUGUUACUUACAGAGAGCCCAUUGGGGUUUGCGCGCUGGUCACUCCAUGGAACUUUCCUGCGGCCAUGGUAACGAGAAAGGCCGGAGCCGCACUCGCAGCAGGAUGUACAGUCGUCUGCAAGGUAGCAGCUGAAACACCUUUCACAGCGCUCGCUUUGGCCGAGCUUGCCAAUAGAGCUGGGUUUCCCAAGGGAGUCUUUAACGUCAUCACCGCAUCCACUGAGAAUACCCCAGCAGUCGGAAAGAUCCUCACUACUCACCCCAUCAUCAAGAAGGUCUCCUUCACCGGCUCAACUCGAGUGGGAAAGCUUCUUGCAGAGCAAAGCGCCUCCACGUUGAAGAAACUCUCCCUUGAAUUAGGCGGCAAUGCGCCAUUCAUUGUUUUUGACAGCGCCGACUUGGACGCUGCUAUUGCUGGUGCUGUAGUCUGCAAAUUUCGUGGAUCGGGUCAGACGUGCGUCUGCGCAAACCGUUUCUUCAUCCACGCCAAAGUCUACGACAAGUUUGUGAGUCGGCUGACUGAGAUAAUGCAAUCGACCUUCAAGGUUGGCAGUGGCUUUGACAAGGGAACAACACACGGCCCCCUCAUCCACCAAGGUUCCGUAUCUCGCUUGGAUGAAUGGAUCUCAGAGGCCAAGUUUAAAGGUGCUUCUAUCACUGGAGGUGGUAAGAUGGAUGGUCCAGGAUCAUUCUAUCAACCAACACUCAUCACCGGAGCGACGCCAGACAUGCGUAUCGCACAGGAAGAGCUCUUUGGACCUGUCGCUGUUAUCUUUUCCUUUGAGUCAGAGAACGAUCUGGUGGAAAGGGUCAACUCGGUCAGUGUAGGCUUGGCGGGUUAUAUCUGGUCAACAGACAGUCGCUGCAUACAACGAGUGUCGGAAAGACUGGAACUGGGCAUGAUUGGAGUGAACACACCCAUCGUUGCUGAUGCAGCGAGUCCGUUUGGUGGCAUCAAGGAAUCGGGAUACGGGCUGGAGGGGUCCAAGUAUGGCGUACAGGAGUAUACCGUAUUGAAGACGAUGACUUAUAGUAAAUCUGACUAG